ACUCGUGCCAAUUGUUUCCCAGAUCCCAUAGCAGUCACCUUCUUGGGCACAUUUUCAUUUUCAAAGUUCCUUAAAUUAUUCAUCACCAUGGUUGUGGACGGGUAUCCUGAGAAAAUGGGGGGCGAUGGGUUCACCCCAGGAACGCAAAGGUUCGCGUGGGGACUGUUUAUUAUUUCCUUGUUACUUCUCGGCCCCCACAUCUUGAAGGCGUUCAAGGAUCCGGAGCCGGAACCCCCUCGCGUUCCAUUUACCGGACAAGCAAUAACUUUUGACGUGGGGAAAUCCGUUUGUGGUCCUGAAUUCCAGGCAAAGAAUUCCGAUCUCGUUGCAGCGCUUCACCAAAAACAUUGGAAACAUCCAAAUCCCACGAAAGAUCUAAAUUGUGCGAGAUCCGUUAAAAUUACAGAAUUGGAAAGUUCCAAGGAGAAAAGCGUCAUUGCCAAGGUGUACACGAAAUGUAUACAUGGCUGCAAAAUUCCGGAUAUUGCAUUGUCCGACGCUGCAUUCAAGAAACUCUCCAAGGACGGCGGAACCUCGCUAAAAGUCACGUGGGAUUUUACGGACUAAUUAACAAUCAGUAUCGUCAUGGACGAGAUGUUAUUGUAAUUUGUGUCAUUAUCAAAAUAUGAAGCUACAUGUAGUUAGUGUUCUUUCCAAUAAAUUAUCCUACCUAAAUUUUCAUGAAUAUAUGUAGAAUUUUUCUAAUUAAAUUCUCAA